UUUAAAAAUAAAAAUAUAAAAGAAAAGACUUAAUCAGUAAUGGAACACAAGAAGAUCAUUAAAACAAACCAAAACCCAAACCAUAGACUAUUCUACACCAAAGUUUUCCCAGCAUCCAAAAAAUGGUGGCACCAGUUAACAAGAAAUACAAACCAAAGAAAGCCGACUCUCAUCAAUAUCUCGGAAUCAUCUAGAAAUGUCUGGCAAAUUCUCUUCUUUGUGAUGGCAAUUAAACUCAGUUCAGCCAAUCCGUUUCCAAUCUCUGAUUCUUCAGUGCCGAACGUGGAUUUUAGUUACAUUUCACCGAGUUCUUUAACUUUACCAAACCAAACGUUAUGGCUUGGUUUCCUGCCAGCCAUGCUUCUUGGAGGCGGUGGCAAGAGGUCAGCCGGUGCACUGACCACAGCCAUUGAAGAUGUGAACCAAAGGAAAGAAUUCGUCAGGAAUGGUAUAAAGCUUGGUUUCUGUUACUAUGAUGCCAAAGGAAAUUCUUUGGCUGCCUUGAAAGCCAUGACAGAAUUAUACAUGAAGGGUGUGUCUGCUUUCAUUGGACCAGAAGGUACUUGUAACUAUGAAGCUGCCCUAGCAACAGCCUGGAAUAUUCCAUUGAUUUCCUAUAAAUGUUCCGAAGAGGUUCAAAUGAAACAGAACCAUUUGCUCACAUUUGCCAGAACUCAACCAUCAACGUCCAAAGUAAGUGAAUCGAUUAUCGCACUUCUGCAACAUUAUCAAUGGUUUCAGUUUGUUAUUGUGGUCGGUAGUCGUCCGAUCUGGCAGGAGACGGCUGACGCUCUCACUAAACUGGCGGCCAAAAACAACUUCACGGUUCGGGAUGUUGUACACUUUGAUGAACCCUACAUAAGUGGUGGUGGUGUCCGUAAGAUCGUCAUGGAAACCUAUGAAAAUACUCACAUUUAUAUAUUUUUAGGUGACCAUCAUGCUCUUACUGAAUUCGUGCGGACCCUGAAGUCUAUGGGUCUGACAGACAGUGGGGACUAUGUCACCAUAGGGGUCAAUGAUCAACCUGAUGACCCCACAAAAAGAAUAAAGUAUUUCAUUUUUGAACCCUUUGAGACGAAAGAAUCUCUAACAAUGAAUGAGAUAAAAGCAUUUCAGUCAGUGUUGAUAAUGGCACCAAGAGGUCCCAGUAACCCCAACUGGGAUUCAUUCCUAGAAAGAACUCGCCAAAAUCUUGGCAGAGAACCUUUCCACGUUCCCUCAUUGCCUUUCAAAAAAAAUCCCAUAUCCAUUCAUGCAGCGUACCUGUAUGAUGCCAUCCAGGUCUACAGUCGAGCCAUUCUUGAAUCUUUCUUGGAAGGAAGAAACAUUUCUGAUGGGAAACUUAUUACUAGUAAAAUAAGGUCCAGAUCAUUUGAAAGUAUUCAAGGUUAUUCAGUGUACAUUGAUGAGGAUGGAGAUGCCAAAGGAAACUACACAGUGCUGAGUUUACAGAAAGAUGUCUCCAAACCAUUCCAUAUGUUUCUUGACCAAGUGGGAAGUUUUGAGAUGACCUCGAAGGAGAGCGGAACACCUAAAUAUCGUCCACUUCGUGACAUCUGGUGGGUGAAAGGCAAGAAACCUACUGGAGAACCUGAAUGUGGUUUUGAUGGCAUCAAGUGUAUUGCCAAAAUAGACUGGUUAGUCGUCGUUGUCUGCAGUGUUGUGACCACAUUAGUUUUCAUGAUUGGAAUUCUAGCCGUCAGACAUUAUUCAUAUGAAAAAAAACUCGAACGACUCUUGUGGAAGAUUAACUUCAAGGAUAUAGUCUUCCUGACAUCUCCUGAUGAUGUUAUGGAAUUACCAAACAAGUCAUCGUUGAAAAAAUCUAUGACUCGCUGGAGCUUCUUGCAGCCAAACACAAACUCCGGGGCGACCCCUUCAAAUGCCAAACCAUUCUACAAAGGUCAGCAGGUGUCUGUGAAAUUCAUUGGGAAGAAAAGUGUUGAGCUGACUCGUGCAAUGAAGAGACGGAUGCAACUGUUGAAAGAGAUGCAACAUGAAAACAUCAACAGAUUCAUAGGGGCCUGUGUUGACCCACCAAACUGUUGCAUUGUGCGACAAUACUGUGCCAGGAAUUUGGGGGAAUUGUUACACAACAAAGAUAUCCGUCUCGACAAUAUGUUUAUAUCUUCGUUAGUAGCAGACUUAAUUAAGGGGAUGUUGUACAUCCACGACAGUGACAUCAUCUGCCAUGGUAACCUAAAACCUAGCAACUGCCUUGUUGAUGCCAGAUGGGUCCUGCAGAUAACCGACUUUGGUGUGAAUACAUUGGGAGAAGUUGAGGAGUGUUGCCUUGAAUCUAUGGAAGAUGAGAAGUAUUAUAAUCGUUUGCUAUAUACGGCACCAGAACUGCUGAGAAGUGCCUGCCGAAACCUCAAUGGAACUCAAAAAGGGGACAGUUACUCCUUUGCAUUGAUAUUAUAUGAGAUUCAUACACGCCAUGGGCCAUGGGAGUCAACAAACUUGCCCAAGUGUGAACUAAUAAAACAACUGCAGCAUCACAAAGUGGGACAGGCACCAAUGCGACCAAACACGCAAGGAUUAUCAAUGGAUGAGAAUGUUGUUAGAUGUAUGGAAGACUGCUGGCGAGAAAAUCCAGAGGAGAGGCUAGAAUUCAGAUCCAUAAAGUUCCGAUUAAAGCUGUUUGUCCAAGAUCAGAAGCCCAAUAUUUAUGACCAUAUAAUGGGAUUAAUGGAGAAACAUGCAGAGAAUCUGGAGAUUCUGGUGGCUCAAAGAACAAUUGAAUUGGAAGAAGAGAAGAAGAGAAGCGAAAAUUUAUUGAUGAGGAUGUUACCUCGGUCAGUUGCUGAAAGCUUAAAGAUUGGAAGCCCAGUAAUACCAGAGCAGUACGAGAGUGUAACAAUAUACUUUAGCGACAUAGCAGGAUUCACCUCACUCUCUGCCCUCAGUACACCAUUACAGGUUGUCGAUUUACUCAACGACCUUUAUACCUGCUUUGACAGCAUCAUAGGGGACUACUCAGUGUACAAAGUGGAAACCAUCGGCGAUGCUUACAUGGUGGUCAGUGGCCUCCCUGAACGCAAUGGGGACAUGCAUGCAGGGGAAAUAGCUUCCAUGUCAAUCCAUCUGCUGAGUGCCAUCAAACAUUUUAAAAUACGGCACCGACCACACGAGAGGAUAAAGUUAAGAAUUGGCAUCCAUUCAGGUUCCUGCGUAGCAGGUGUUGUUGGUCAUCGAAUGCCCCGUUAUUGUCUGUUUGGAGACACAGUAAACACAGCUUCAAGGAUGGAAUCCACUGGAGUCGCCUUGAAGAUUCACUGUAGCGAGAAGACGUUCCUCUUGUUGCAGAAAUUAGGAGGAUAUCACUGUAAGCCCCGUGGACAUAUUGAUAUCAAGGGAAAAGGACAGAUGUAUACAUACUUUCUGGUCGGAGAAGAUCAAAGAUACAGAUUGAGGCGGCUUAACGAAUGUGUGAAGGAACCUCUUAAUGGCAUAACACUAACGAAGAGCUGCAGCAGCAGCAAAUUAAUUCGUAUGUUAAGCGAACAAAACGACGCCAAUAUGGAUUUUCUUGAUGAUAAUGAUGACGUGUUCUUUACCUACGGUCAGGAUGCUGACGAUUCUGAGAACUUGAACCUUCUUCCUUCGUUGACAAAAUUCACUGGCCGGUCUGUGUCAUCGUCAUCAUCAUCAUCGCAAUCAGGGAAACCCCUGAUCCAUUACCAACUGCCUUCAGAACACUAAACAUAAAGCUAUUCCUGCCUACUGCAACCCUUUUCUUUUAUCUUUUACUCUCUCUCUCUCUCUCACUCUUUCACUCUCUUUCUCCCUGACUCUUUCUCUCUCUCUUACUCCCUCUCUCCCUCUAUUUCUCCUACC